UUGAACGAAUCGGUCACUCACCAGCCAACACGAGCCAACAGUAAUUCAAACGGCACCACAGUGGACGCAAGCUAGCUAGCUAGCUAGCUAGUAAGCUAGCUAGCUAUCGUAACGGAAUUGGAGGCUGCCUUCGAGGGGAAGAUGAGCACCAAACAGGUCACCUGCCGGUACUUCCUGCACGGCGUGUGCCGGGAGGGCGGCCGCUGCAUGUUCUCUCACGACCCGUCCAGCAGCAAGCCUUCCACCAUCUGCAAGUUCUACCAGAGAGGAGUGUGCGCCUACGGAGAACGAUGCAGAUACGAUCACAUCAAACCAUCCUACAGAGGAGGUGGCGGAGCUUCAGAGGCCAAAGCGGGUCCUGGAGGUGGAGCUUCGGUCAGACCAGAGGCCAGGAAGCCGAUGAGAGAGGCCCAAGCGGGGCAGCUGGAGUGCCUGUUCGGGGGUGUGGCGGUCAGCCCGGCUCGUGAGGUCCCCGCCACGUCCAAUCACUCGUACGUGGACGCCAUCAGGACGGGCCUGGAAGCUCCGGUGCCAGAACAAGGUCCUGCCCAGAUGGGUGGAGCCUACCCGGACCUUUGCCAGCUAUGCCCGUAUGCCGCCGCUGGCCGGUGCUUCCGCGAGGACGACUGCCCAUAUCUCCACGGUGACCGGUGCGAGGUGUGCCGACUGCGUGUGCUGCACCCUCACGAUGCCGAGCAGCGGCAGGCACACGAAAAGAUGUGCCUGCUGGCCUUCGAGAGGGACAUGGAGAAAGCCUUCGCCGCACAGCUCAGCCAAGACAAGGUGUGCUCCAUCUGCAUGGAGGUGGUGGUGCAGAAGGCUGUCCCGUCAGAGCGCCGCUUUGGAAUCUUGUCCUCGUGCUGUCACGUCUUCUGCCUGGCGUGCAUUCGACAGUGGAGAUGCACGCGCAACUUCAGCAACAAGAUCAUCAAAGCGUGUCCGGAGUGUCGCGUGCUCUCCGAGUUUGUCAUCCCGUCGGUGUACUGGGUGGAGGAGCAGGACGACAAGGAUAACCUCGUCGAGCUCUUCAAGUCCGGAGUCAGCAAGAAGGCCUGCAAGUACUUUGACCAGGGCCGCGGCUCGUGUCCCUUUGGAGGAAAGUGCUUGUACCUCCACGCCUUCCCGGACGGAAGCCGAGCCGAGGCCGAGAAACCGCGCAAGCAGCUGAGCUCAGAGGGGAACAUCCGGUUCAUGAACAGCGUGCGCUUGUGGGACUUCAUCCAAGAGCGCGAGCAGCACCCGGCAGGUCCGCCAUCGCCCGACGACGACAUGGCCGAGCUGCGGGAGCUCUUCAUGCAGAUGUCGGCGCCCAGCUACGACGGGCCCGAGCCCGCCCCGGAGCGGCAGCCGCAGUAGAGGCAGUGAUGACGUCAGCACCCCCCAAUCUAUUUAUAGACGGUAGCAAACUCCUACUGGUGUGCACCCUCUUUUAUUCGUGCCGUUUGCCCCCAUCCUAAUAAAAGAGAUUUGCAGCCA